AUGGUGUACUAUCGUCCCCAUUGGUUAUUAUUAUCAAUGAUAUUGUUGCAGAAUUCUGGCGAUGAAGUGGAGCUAACGGUUCGAGCGAUGCCAGAAUUGGCAGAAUUAUGUGAUCGGAAAGUAAUAGGCAGUGUCCGUGAUGGUGGUGAUUCAUUGAUGUUGGUACCCGUAUCAAGUCGAGUAUUUGCUGACGAGGUUUGUGUAUUGUUGUUGUUAUUAAUGUAUUGUCAUGUGAAUAAAUUUGAGGAUGCAACAGACCAAGAGACUCGUUAUUGGUUGAUGCAUAAGAAUGGCUACACGCUGGUGCGAAUGCUCAGUACUGAAGCUGAUGGCAAAGUACGUGUUCGAGUGGGUGAUACUGAGAUGACCGUGGACGUGACCGAUUUAGAUAAGGCUAAUCCAACAUGUAUGGAUCGAGUCGAGAAUUUAACGAUGCAAGGAUGUCGAAAGCAACAAAUGCCGCCACACAUAUAUGCAUCUGCGCAGAAUGCUUACAGAACAAUGCAAAUGACGGGUCGAAGUCAGUGUAUGGUAUUGACGGGUGUAAGUGGUAGCGGUAAAUCGACGCAACUUAGAAAUAUUUGCCACUAUUUAUGCGAGAUCGCCGGCUGGACGAAAACACUGUCAUACGAUCGCAUUUCGUCAGCGUUAGAUGUGCUCGAAGCGUUCGGCAACUGCGCGACGGUACUGAGUAGAAACGCAACGCGAUUCGCCAAUCUGCUAACACUUUCGUUUGAUGCGUCUGCUUCGUUGAAGUAUGCUCGUAUGCAAACGUUUCUGUUAGAUACGUCGAAUAUAUGGACAGCGAGCAAGUUUCAUGUAUUUUAUUAUUUGCUAGAAGGUGCAGAUGAAGAGUUAAAACAGACUCUGAAAGUUGCUGCGAUCGAUGAGACGUUUUAUGCAGUGCUCAUCGAAGAAGACGACAAAAUUGCGGCGAAAUUAGGUUGGGAACGUCUGAACGAAGCGUUCGUUAAGCUUCAAGUGAGUGCAGCCGAGCAGNUAUUCGAGCCUCAUCAGCACAACACGCCGCCACUCUUCUCGGAAUUACUCUCGAACAGCUGUCCGCUUCCGUCUUCCGUCCCGCAUCCUCUCAAAGCAAUGCCGCAUCUUCUUCGUUUCUCGUUGUCGAAUCGUGGCGUGAAUGGACCAGAAAUGUUGAAUAGUUUCAUAACUCGUCUAUACAACGAACUUUUCUCAGCGGUUGUUACAAUCAUUAAUCGUGGAAUCGGUGGUCACACCAGUUUGGUAACUUCAACGUCAAUUACGAUCAUUGAUUAUCCGGGUGGAAAUUUCAAUGCUGCAUGGACUGAUUUAAACGAUGAAAGAACGAAACCGAGUGGCCUAAUCGACUUGACGUUCAAUUAUGUGAAUGAACGUAUCGCAGAACUCUUCUACGAGAGCAACUUCAGCGAGCCGAUUGAGUUGUAUGCUCGUGAGCAAGUCGAUGUGGACAUAGAUAAGCCAGCACAGUGCCCUGAUCACAUAACUCGUCUUAUAGAUCAGAAACAACAAUUGAUGAAUUGUGUGGAUAUUGAGUUGAGAAGCGAGCAACGACGUGGAUUGUUGUGUAUUCUGGAUGAAGAGGCACUCUUCCCAGGCGCUACUGAUGAUUCGUUCUUUGAGCGCAUUUUUGUGCAUUUGGGAGAUUCACGUUUAAUUCGACGUGGUAAUAGUGCACGUGAAUUUGUGUUGGGCCAUUGUUUGGGUAAUAGUCCAGUGCUUUAUUCGGUUGAUGGUUGGGUGAAGGCCGCGCAACCAGGUGUCACUGGAUCGUCAGUUCUAGCACUUCUUCAAACUUCAUCUGAUAUGGCGAUAAGUGCGCUGUUUUCACCAUUCGGCAUCGAGAGUACCUCCUUAAAGAUGCGUAAAGCGACACAAACCGUUAAAAUGGAUGCAGCCGGUUUGCGCAUGGCUUCAUCCGGAUACUUCUCAAACAUUUCCCUGCAAACGGACUAUCUUAUUUCGUUUGCACGUCGUUCGCACGGUCUGCAUUUCGUGCAUUGUAUUCAAGCACAGCCCGUAGUGAUGGCGAAUGCAGCCAGAUCAAGAGAAAGCAAGUCGUCAUCUUGUGCCUUCGCUCAUCGACAACAACAACCAGCAGCUAUAAGCAACGAACUUGUGCUCGAUGUUCCUUUUGUACGCGCACAAAUCAGAGCUUUACUCAUUGUUGAUGCAGUUCGAGUGGCCAGUCGAGGUUAUCCGGAACGUCUUCCGUUCAAGGAUUUCCGUCGUCGUUUCCAGUGCCUAAUCGAGCAUGAAGAAGAGAGCAGCACAUUGAGUGACAUGCUAGAUGAUCGUGCAGCGGUGAAGCGAAUCCUGGAAAGUAUGGCUGUAUUCCCACAUACGUAUCGUUUAGGAUUGAGUCAGGUAUUAAUGCGCUCGGACGUGCUAUCUGAUCUGGAGAAUCGUCGUGAGAUGAGUCUAAAUGGUGUAAUUAUCAAUCUGCAAAGGCUGUGUCGUAAAUAUUUGGCCACUAAAUGGUUACAACGUCGUCGAACUCUUGAAACAGCAAUUCGUUGUAUACAACGAAAUGGCAAAUGCUAUAUGAAAGCAAGGGAAUGGCCAUGGUGGAGACUGUAUACUAAAUGUAUACCACUGCUUGCAGCAGCUAGGAGUGACGAGGAGUAUCGAGAGUGGGAGAGACGUGUUCGGGAUUUGGAAGGUAUGGUCAAUGAGCUUCGAGUGACGAAAAGUCGAUUGGAGGGUCGAGUCAGUGAACUGGAACAGAUGCUGGCGACAGAAUGCACGAAUACGCAGUCGCUCAGCGAUGCGUUGGAACGCGAGACCGAGUUACGUGUGCAGUCACAAAAGCACAUUCUGUUAUUGCAACAACGUCAUCUUGAUGAUCAGCAGACGCCUCGUCUAUCGUCAUCAAGUUCAUCGCAUUCUCGUUUCGAUCACGAUUAUUCGCGGACAAGUGAAUUACAAAAAGAAAUGGAUACAUUACGAGCAAGUGAGACAACACAACGAAGUCGAGCACAGAAGACAAUGGAACGUUUGAAAGAUAUUGAGAAUGAGUUGAAAAAUGUGAAGAUGCGAAACGAAUUGUUGGAGAGUCGAAACGUGAAAUUUGACGACGAGGUCAAGAGUAUUGAAACGAAAUACGCAAAACAGAUAGAAGAGUACGAAGAGAUUGUGAAGCAACGUGAUGCUGCAGUUUCAUCCCUUAAAAACAAGAUCAGUGAGUUACAGAACGUGAAAUCUGAGAAUAAUCAGCUACAAACAACAGUAGCAAAAUUGCGGAAGGAAGUUGAUGAAGCAAUCGAAAGUGGUGUUCAGUGUUCGGAAGUCACGCAAUUAAAGAAGGCGAAACGUGAUCUGGAAGCGAAAUUCACCUCUCAGGAAAAUGAAUUAGACGAUAUGGCAGGCCAAAUACAUAUGUUACAACAAAAUGUAACACGUUUGGAAAUGGCUGCUGAGAGAUCGAAAAAUGAAAAGAUUCGGGAUUUAGAUGCGAAAGAGGACGAAAUAGAUGAAUUACGUGCUCAGUAUCAAAGAAGGUUACGUGCAUUCGAAGAGCAAAUAGCCGAUAUGCAAGACACGAACUCGUCAUUAAUGAAGCAGAACCGAAUUCUGGAAGCGCGUCUUCGGGAAUGUGAUACACACAACUAUAGCUAUGAAGAGUCGUCAGGACACUACAAGCGUGAGUUAGAAAAAGCAAUGGCACUGCUGCACGAUACAGAAACAGUACUCGCGCAUGAACGUGAAAAUCAGCCGACCAAUCAAACCAUGAUACGUCAGCUUCACGAACAACUGGAUGAUGCCGAAGCCAUAAAGUUGAGCAUUCUCAAAGGAAAGCAUUCACUGGAGAGCGAACUCAGUGAGAUGAGAACACAGUUAGAAACAGCUCUAGCAGCCAAGAAGGUAUCCGAAGCGCGUGUGAUGAGUUUAUUGAAAGAGAAGAACAGUGCGAUACGGCGUGCUGAAGAGCAUGACGAUCAGCUACAGCUGGCGUUGAAGAAUUACAAAGAGGCCAUCCAGGACAACUCUAUUUUAUCCAUACAGCUCAACGACCAAUUGGAGCAGUUGGCUGAUAUUGAAAAAGACAAAAAGAAGCUGUCAGAUAAACUGAAUGAAGUGACCACUCAACUGGAAUUCGAACAGCACAAUUCGGUAGAGAAGCACCGUUUGUUGUUGGCAGAACAAAAAAUUCGUGAUUUGGAAUCAAAAAUCAAUUUGGAACAGAUGUCCAAAAGCCGAUUGGAUAGUCUACUAGCCAAAGCACUCGAUGAUAUCGAGAAUUUGAAUGAAAGAUUAAAUGAAGUGAUUCGAUCGCGGGACACAGAAGUAGAGAACGCAAAAAAAGCACAUAAGGAGGCGAUAUCGUUGGGCGAUCAGCUGAAUGAUAUGCGCAAAAGGGAACAUGAACUUGUGCAUAAAUGCAAGAUGGCUGUUCGUUUUUUUAAUGUUCAUCAAAGGAAUGAAUUGGUUGUCUGGUUGGAAACGAUUUCAUUGCAGACGAAGGAAAUGGAAACGAUGGAAAUGGAUAAGAUGCGAUUGGAGAUGGAGUUGAAAACCGCUGUCAAAAGAGUUGAGACACUUCGAAAAACGAUGCGCAAUGAUUUGGAGUGCUUGGAUGAGGACGAUGACCAGGAUGUUUAUAACAAUGACGACAACCCAAUGAGCGAUGAUCCGAAUGAUUUCGAAGGUUCAUUUCUUUGUUUUUCGAUUCUCCUUUUGAUUGUUCCUUCAUCACUUGCUUGUUUGAACGGUUUUUCAUUCAUCAGAAAUACAUAUGCUCCUUUGUACAUUUAUUUCAACAGAUAA